CGAAGCGGAAGUGAGGUGGGGUCAGUGCUCUCGCUGCCUCCGCUGCUCUUCGGUCGCUCUGUGCAGAGCAGCAGCUGCAGCAUCAGAGACUCACUGAGACACUCUGAGCUCAAGUUGGUAACUACUGCACACCGACACGGAUGAUGCUGAGGACUUUACUCAUGUUGCUCCACAUCUUUUAGAAUUUUUUUUUUUUUAAGAAUAAUGUCAACCACGUCGUCUCUCAGGAAGCUCCUUUAAUAGCAUCUUUAUUUGCAUAAUAAAUCCACCAGAAUGAACUUUAUUUAGGACGCAUCUCUCCUGCAGGCAUCCUGAGGUCCAACCCCAACAUCGUUGUCCACGGGGGUCUUCUUUCUUGUGAUAGAGUUCCGUCUCACAACAGAUUACCAUUCAUCACACUCACCUCUGCUCAAGGACGGAGGGAGGAGGACAAUGGGGGCCGGUGGGGUUUCCCCCCAAGCCCUGCUGUGGCUCAACCUGUUCGGCUUGAUCUCUCUGGCGUCGUCCCUCAACCCGGAUGACCCCAACGUGUGCAGCCACUGGGAGAGCUAUGCAGUGACUGUGCAGGAGUCUUACGCUCAUCCAUUUGAUCAGGUCUACUACACCCGCUGCACCGACAUCCUCAACUGGUUCAAAUGCACCAGACACAGGAUCAGCUACAAGACGGCGUACAGAAGAGGAGUGAGGACGAUGUACAGGCGACGCUCUCAGUGCUGCCCCGGCUUCUUUGAAAGUGGAAACCUUUGUGUUCCGUUGUGUACUGAAGAGUGUGCCCACGGACGCUGUGUCUCUCCUGAUACCUGCCAGUGUGAGCCCGGCUGGGGAGGACUGGACUGCUCCAGUGGCUGCGAGAGCGACUUCUGGGGUCCCCACUGCAGUAACCGCUGUCAGUGCCAGAACGGGGCCAAGUGCAACCCAAUAACCGGAGCCUGCGUCUGCACCGACGGCUUCCAGGGCUGGCGCUGCGAGGAGCCCUGCGACCCCAACCUCUACGGCAAGGACUGCCUGCUGGACUGCCAGUGCCUCAACGGCGCCACCUGCCACCAUCAGACCGGAGAGUGCCUCUGUGCACCCGGAUACACCGGGGCCUUCUGUGAGGAGCCGUGUCCUCCGGGUAAACACGGCUCGCUGUGUGAGCAGCGCUGUCCCUGUCAGAACGGAGGAACGUGCCAUCACGUCACCGGAGAGUGUUCCUGUCCCGCCGGCUGGGUGGGUCCGGUGUGCGCUCAGCCGUGUUCCUUCGGAUCGUUCGGCAUUAAUUGCUCUCAGGAGUGCACGUGUCGUAACGGAGGGCUGUGCGACCACAUCAGUGGUCAGUGCCAGUGCACCGCCGGCUACAUCGGAGAGAGGUGCCAGGAAGAAUGCCCAGUUGGCACUUACGGGCCGCAGUGCGCCCACAAGUGUGACUGUCAGAACCGAGCCAAGUGCUACCACAUCAACGGGGCCUGCCUGUGCAACGAGGGCUUCAAGGGCCCCAGCUGCCAGGACCGCUUCUGUCCCCCGGGCCUGUACGGACUCAUCUGUGACAAAUAUUGCCCCUGCAAAGCUGCGAACACACUCAGCUGCCACCCUCUGUCCGGAGAGUGCACCUGUGCAGCGGGAUGGGCGGGGCUUUACUGUAACGAGACCUGUCCGGCAGGUUACUACGGCGAGGGAUGCAGAGAGCUGUGCGCCUGCGCCAACGGAGCCGACUGCGACGGCAUCACCGGAGCUUGUAUGUGUGCUCCGGGGUUCAUAGGUGACGACUGCUCCAUCAGCUGUCCCGCUGGCCUCUACGGGAUCAACUGCACCUCGUCGUGCUCCUGCCACAACGAGAUCAACUGCUCGCACAUCGACGGCGCCUGUUUCUGCAGAGAAGGUUGGCAGGGCGUGGACUGCUCCAUCCCCUGCUCCAGCGGUGCUUGGGGACUGAGCUGUAAUCAGACGUGUCAGUGUGCCAACGGGGCGGCCUGCGACCCCGUCAACGGUACCUGCACCUGCUCUCCGGGCUGGAGGGACGAGUACUGCGACCUGCCGUGUCCCGAGGGAUCAUACGGGCUGGACUGCAGAGAGAGAUGUGACUGUGUCAACGCUGACGGCUGUGAUCCGGUGACCGGCUUCUGUCGCUGUCUCACGGGUUGGACAGGUGUCCAUUGUGACAGUGUGUGUGAGGAGGGACGCUGGGGACCCAACUGCUCCUACAGCUGUACCUGUGAGAACGGAGGCUCCUGCUCCCCGGAGGACGGCACCUGUGUGUGCACUCCCGGCUACCGCGGCACCAACUGCAGACGAGCAUGUUCGCCAGGUUUUUACGGCCAUCGUUGCAGCCAGUCGUGUCCUCAGUGUAUCCACAGCGACGGGGCGUGCCACCACAUCACCGGUCACUGUGAAUGUCUUUCCGGCUUCUUCGGCUCGCUCUGUAAUCAAGUGUGUCCCAGUGGGAAGUACGGUAAAGCCUGCGCCGAGACGUGUUUGUGCACCAACAACGGCACGUGUAAUCCCAUCGACGGCUCCUGUCAGUGCUACCCGGGAUGGAUCGGCGAGGACUGCUCCAGACCGUGUCCUCAGGGCUCGUGGGGUCCAGACUGCAUCCACACAUGUAACUGUCACAACGGAGCCCAGUGCAGCGCCACAGACGGAGAGUGUAACUGCAGCCCUGGAUGGACGGGACUCUUCUGUACUCAACGCUGUCCUUCAGGUUUCUACGGCUCUCAUUGUGCUGAAGUGUGCCGCUGUCAGAAUGGGGCGGACUGCGACCACAUCAGCGGACAGUGUUCCUGCAGGACGGGCUUCAUCGGACAGAGCUGUGAGCUCAAGUGUCCUGCGGGGACGUUUGGUUACGGCUGCCAGCAGCUGUGUGAGUGUAUGAACAACGCCACCUGCGACUACGUGACGGGAACCUGCUACUGCAGCAUCGGCUUCAAAGGCAUCCGCUGUGACCAGGCGGCUCUGAUGAUGGAGGAGCUGAACCCCUACACCAAGAUCAGCCCGGCGCUGGCAUCAGAGCGCCAGUCAGCCGGCGCCGUCCUGGGCAUCAUCUUCCUGCUGCUGCUCAUCAUGGCCAUGCUCGGCCUGGUGGUCUGGUUCCGCUACCGGCAGAGAGAGAAAGGUCACCACGUGCCGAAUGUCACCUACACGCCCGCCCUGCACAUCAACUCCACCGACUACUCCCUCUCAGGGCUGCAGUGUACAGGCCUGCUCUCCUCUCCAGAGUCCUCCCCCAGUAACAGCUCUGUAGGCCGCUGCUUCUCCAACCCCAGCUACCGCACGCUGGGGGGGCCAUGCACCUACGCCGCUCACUACGCCAAGCCGGACAAGAGGAGCGCCGCCAAGAUGAAGACAAAGAAGCGCCACAGGAACAGUGCUCCAGAGUGGGGGGCCUACUGUAACCUCAGUGACCUGGGUGUUUACUGCAUCGACCGGCGCUAUAGCUACCACGUGGAGCCGCGCUACAGAGACUACAUGAAGGGCUCGUUGUCCAGCACCUGCUCCCUCAACAGCGAGAACCCGUACGCCACCAUCAACGACGCGCCCGGCGCCUGUAAACACUCGGAGAGCAGCUACGUGGAGAUGAAGUCGCCGGCUCACCACGAACACAUGACACACUGCUGCUCCGCCGCCAUCAUCACCACGACGACCACCACCACCGCUCCCACCAAGAACGUCUACGACAUGGAACCAACCAUCAGUAUCAUCCAGGGCGGCGGUGGCGUGGUGGUUCCCAGUUACCCUCAGAACCCGUACGACCUGCCCAGGAACAGCCACAUCCCGAGUCACUACGACCUGCUGCCGGUACGCCCGAGUCCCUCCCACAGCCACAGCCUCACCCUGCACAGCAGCCACAGCCCGCCGCUGCCCGGCAGCCCCACCAGCUCGUUGCUCUAGACCCCCCCCUCCCAGCACCCAGAACCCAGCACCCAGACUGGACACUGGACCAGUGCUCCCAGUCCAUCCACAACCAGGAAACUGUGAACUGGGACGUCUGACUGAUGCACUGCUGUUUGAUAUUUAUCUCUGUAUUAUAUCCAGACUGUUUCCGUGCCGAUCAAUACUUCAUAUUAGUGUUGUAUUGUAAACUCCCCUCAUCAACAAAACGUCAACAGAGGGAAUAAACGCCGACGUACACACACAAGUUUACCUUUAUUCUGGUAUGCUGAUGUCAUGAUACGUCAGAAGAUGCAAAGAUGCUCGUAAAAGAAACAAGUGACUGAGUUACUAAUGUAUAUUUAUCUGGGUGGGACCGCUUCUUAAACCCGGAGUUUAUCUGCAGUACAAGUACUCUAAAUGAAGACUGAGGUCCUCUUCACACCCGGACCGAGUGGAUCGACCAAACCUGAACACUGAAGACGCAUCAUACGGGCAUUAUUUCUCCCAAACAAACCAACGUGUACAGUGUGGACAUCUGUGGAGAAAAGGUGCUCCAAUAUUCUCCCCUAAAAGUCUGUGAAGAGAUGCCGUCCGGUCAGAUCUCCACUUCCUGUAUACUUCUGGUAUUUUUACACAUGGUUUCUUAUUUCCUGUUUACAUAUUUAAAGAUCCUGACGGGGAUCCGUAUUUUCUCUCUGAACAGUUCUCUUUUUGUAUGUACUGUAGACAGAGUGCUGUAUCGGCUGUACACUUACUGUACACUAGUGAUUAUUAUUAUUGUGAUUUUCCUUUCGUUUUGUCGAGCUUAAUACACGUGCAUGCCAAAGAUUAUUCAAGAUAUUAUAUUUAGCCAGGAAUUCCCCUUAUCAUGUCCUUUUGGUGCAAACUGAUUAUUGUCAACAUGGGAGAAACUCCAAUCUGCAACUAACCAUUAUUCUCAUUAUUCUGAUUAUUUGUCUAUUAAUCGAUCAAUCGUUUGGUCUAUAAAUUGUCAUAAAAAUAUUCAGUUACUAUCACACAUGAAGAAAUGACUAAAACGAUUAAUCGAUUAUGAAAAGACUUGCAGUUAACUGACUGAUUGUUUCAGCUCUAAUGCACUGAUGUGUUUGUUGCAGCGAGGUCAAAGGUAAUUAUAUAAAGAUAAAAAGGCUGAUGGCCGUCAAUAGCCGUGUUUCCAUUCACGUAUUUUUAUGCACAUUUUGAAGCAUUAUGGAAACAGCAAAACUCGAUAAAACGUGUCCGUCAUGUGAUGCCAUUAGGCAGAAAAAACGUUUUCCCAUAGACUUACGUUGGGAAACAGACAUCUGUAACUCAGCGGAUCAUUUUUUUCCCCCAGUAUGAACACAGUAUGAAUAGUCCCUAUUUAAAUAAUUAGCUCCUAAAAGUUGUAAAAAGCACUAAUAGCUGAAUCCAGAGUUAUUUCCCUUCCUCCGUUCAUGUGAAUGAGACCGAGACCGAGGCUGGAGCGAGCUGUUGGGAGGCGGAGUUAAAGGGAACGCUACUGCGCCUGCUCUAUGCGCCCAACGGAUGCGGAAGAUCGCCGGAAGAUCCGGAUACUAGAAAAUUAAACUUAUUUUGCUUCAUGCGCCACUAAGCAACUUUCAUCGGGACGAACGCUGUAUCCAGUUCUCUUCAUACAUCCAUGGGUCAGAUGACCAAAAUGAAUUGUUUUGUUUCCGGUUCACAACCUCUUCUUCUUCUUCUUCUACUCUGUUUACUGACAGAAUACAGCCAUGUGUAGCCGAUAGCGCCAACAUCUGACCAAACUACGCUGUAGCCGAGUUUGCUCCAAACCAGCUGAUGGAAACGCGCCUAAUUUCUUUUUUUUGACAUUUCAAUAGUUCGCUUAAAAUUCGCUUGACAAUUGAAUGGAAACACGGCUAAUGAUGUCAUUACAGAAUCCGUAGACUCAAUAAAAAUGUGUUUCUAAUAUUUUGGCAACUGUUUCUCAAACUACACAUGAAAUAGAGCCGUGAUUUUUCAGCGACACACACACAGGUGAUUUUAAUUAAAUAAUAAUUACAGUAGACUUUGGCAAAUAGCAAUAACAGGACAUGUUGACAAUCAGAUGUGAACAGCUUUGUUUUCUCAUGUAUUUCUUUUCCUACUUUUGUUCCAUUCGCUCUGACUUUAUCUUGCCCGUACGUCUUUCCUUCGGCUUUGACCCAAACGAUAGUUUCAGCUUCAGUAGAUGUACCGAGUUGUUGCUGCUUGUUGGUCUUUUUGUUUCAGGUCCUAAACUCAAUAAAGUUGUCAUAGCUCA